AUGGCGAGUUCAGGUGAAGCGCUCGCGCUGCGGUUCGUGGAGGAAAUCAAGAGCACCGGAGUUCUGGCAGACGGCGCAAAGGCGCAGAUUGGUCCGCUAGCGGUGAAGCAGUUGGCGGAGCUGCGAGAAGCGAUGGCUGCGUGUGCGACUGUAACCUUAGCUUCCGCGCCUGCGGUGGAGUUGCUGUCGCUUUGGUCGGUGGUUCACGAGUCCGUCAGCAAUGUCAUCACGGAAGAAGCGGCGGUACUAGCGGCUCAGGUGACGAAAGCUGCCCCGGAACUUCGAGAUGCUGUCCACCACCUUGCAGAAGCAGGAACACCGGUAGCAGAACAUCUCAACGAGGAACUCCGUCGACAAAUAGGCACCAUCCGAGAUGUUUUACCAGCAAAAGAGUGGGCAGAACUACGGUCUCGUUGCUCGCAGUCGCUUACUACAGAAUGGAGGGCAUUGAUGGCUAGCGAGGUGUUCGACUCGCCUUUCGCUAAGGCAAUCGCGGCUCAGGGCUUUGCUGGUCUUGAUGGCGCUUUAGGUCUGAGUCGAGAAGCUGUUGACGCCGCGUUAGACGCAGUUCGAGACGGUGGCGCGGCUGCGUUUGGUGCAGUCGCAGCCUGUUUGGCUCGAUCGGGGCUUCCCCCGCUGUUGCGCGUCGAGAUCGCGCGAGACUUUUUCCAGACCGUGGGGCUCUUCUUCACGGGGCUGUACGUGUCGGUGCUCGACUUCUUCGAGAAACACCACGUCGUUAGCGCUUUAAACAAGUUUCUCAGUGGACUACGAGGCGCGUACGAAGUGAUGGCCAUCAACGUGUUGGCAUUAGUGGAAGAAGCCUCGCAGAACCAGGCACUCAUCGCUGACAUCGCAUUGGCAGUGCUGGUUGGAGUCAUUGGCGUUGUGUACGUGAGCUAUCUGUGGUUCGCCUUCUCCGGUCGCCAUCUACACCGUCGAGCGGACGAAGUGCGUCAAGGCCACGAAGCCACGACGUGGGCCGCUCUCGCGACCAAGCAGAAGAUGCGAGUCAAGAUCUUCACGUUCGUUAUCACUGCGUGUCUUACCAUUUACCUGCCGCUCACUCGACUUUGCCUGGAUGUUGUCGUUGCAGCAGCUACGAAUCGAUCCACCUCGGAAGACAGCAGCAAAGCUACGAGUGCCUCGGAUUUAGUGCUCUUACGCUUCCGUCACGACAGCGCAUGGCCAGCGAUUGUCGCUGCAGCGAUCAUUCUCCUGCUGACCUUCACCAUUCCGCUGCCGUGGCUUCUGGUGCGUGCUAUCGCUGAAAAUCGACCCACUGGAUCGCUUGAAAAUCCGCUUCUUACCCACGACUUAGACGGUGAAGUCGUGCCUUUCGACGAUAAAGUCUACGCGCGUCUGGUAACCCGCGACCCGAGUCAGCUUCGAUGUCCAUAUCGAUCCCUGUACGCCGGAUUCGAGCAGCGCUGGAGCUACUACAAAGUACUGCAGCUGCUGGUGAAGCUGGCGUUGGCGCUCGUUAUCGUACUGGCCGCCAGUGCAGACGCUCGCAUCCGCGGCAUUCUAUCGUGUGUCAUCUACGCUGCAGUCGUGGCCAUCUCGAGUUAUGGCACGCCCUUCAGUGAUCCACUCAACAACGUCAUGGAGAUCAGCGGUAAGAUUGCCGCUUUGACUACAUGCGUCGGUGGAGCGUUAGCAGCAUUCGUCGAUAUGCAGCAAACCAAGUCACGAACGCUUGAACUGGUUGCUGUGGUUGUCAGUAUUGUGCACAUCGUCAACCUGUUCGUGAUGCUAGCGGUGUUACUGCUCGGCAUGCGAGGUGCUCGACUCUUCUUGAAGAACUUGCUGGGCUGGAUCACGUUCAGUGACACGUCUCGAGGACUGCAAGACGCGCCGGCGAAGAACGUGCUGCCCCUUUGGGACGUCGACAAAGAGGCGAAGCAUCGCGUAUGGCAGGCGUUCUGGAGGUCGCUACUGCUUGAGAUGGCGCAGAAUAGUAGUAACUCGAAAGCGGAUGCCGACGAACUCACCGUUGCUCAUAGAUUGGAAGCUCUGGAGCAGGCGGUGGUGGCGUCGGGAGUGCACCGCGUACGCUUACAUUGGCGCGGAGAGGAGAACGCGUACACUUCUAAGGUCCGACAGGCGACGCGAGCAGCAUUGGAGGGGGUGGAUGUCUUCUGGGACGACGCCAGUGGGGCUCGUGACGGGCAUCUUGACUCCAAGUCGUGCUUCGGGAAGAUGUACGUGCUGCCGUACCCCUUCCACUGCGUCAUGGUGUACGACGACUCGAAGGAUGAAGCGAUCGUGCGUGACGACGCUGAGCCUCACCAGCAGUCCAAGCUAGCCAAGCUCUUGCUUCUCAACUUUACGCCGAAGAUCAUAGCCAAACGCACUCUACGACAGAAGCUGCGAGUAUUGAGCAGCCAAGCGACCAGCAUCCACUUCCCAUUUGCACGGCAAGAACAAGCGACGGUCGAAGACGGCACAGUAACCAGGACCGAUUCGGAGGGUAAUGCGCGCACGGAGACGCGCUAUUCGACCGUGACGUUCACGUGCCACUACACCUGCGGCGUCAUCCACGUUGCUACCAAGGGGGACGCCAACAGGAGGAUCAUGGCGGAAGGGUUUGAGGUGAAUAUGACGUACCGAGACGGCUACGGAGACGCCGUUGCGCCUCACACGGGCAAAGUUCACCACCUCCAGAACCGCGUGGCAGAUAUGGGACCCGAGCACAUUGGACUAACGCCAGCGAUGGAGGAGAGCGAACAACUGCUGACCAUUUUCGAUCAAACGCGCGGGGUUUGGGAGCCAGGCCUAGUGCAGCUUAAUGCUGAACAUCAAGAGUAUCGUCGAGCGCUUGAGCGCAAACAUUUGGAGGCAAACGCGACGCUGAGCGAUGCGUUUUGGUACUUUGUGUACAACAACCCGCACCUCGCUCGGCACGAGUUGGAAGACCAUUUAAAGCGUCGAGAGGGGAACCCUCAGCUCAAGUCGCUGGUUGAUACGCACCAAAGCGCGUUGGACGCGCUUUAUCUCCGGAUGAGGUUCAUUCAGUCUCAUCCGGCUGUCACCUUCUGGUUCGUCUUCUGGGACGACGUGUACGCUCGCAAUGGAGAGAUGAAGUGUCUUCGCAAGCUCAAAGACGACUUUGACCCUCGAGAGAGAACUGCGAUCUGCUACCACGUCAAACGACGACCUGAACUCGAGGCCUGGCUGCGGGAACGAAAACUACUCAAGACGAGGAGGCUAUUCCACCCUCGUUUACUCGAUCUUUUAUACAUCGAGAUGGACAAGACCCCAUAA